GUUUGUUCCGUCCACCGCCUUCAUCUCUGCGUGCGCCCGCAUUUGCAUGGCCGCCCUCGUCGCGCUCUCUCCGCUGCCCUCCCCCCUCGCUCGCACUCGCACGGCUCACCUUCGCCGGGACCCUGCGUCCUUGUCCUUCCUGCUGCGCCCGGCCUCGCCGCAUCCACCUGCAACCCGAAAGUCCACGUUAAUCUACUCACCGCGCGCUGCUAUGGCGUCUGCGCGGACGGCGCAGUUGGCGGCGGGGAAGGCGCUGGUGGUGGUGGGUUCUGCGAACGCGGACGUGUACGUGGAGGUGGCGCGCAUGCCGCUGCCCGGCGAGACCGUCAGCGCCACCUCGGGGCGCACGCUGCCCGGCGGCAAGGGCGCCAACCAGGCGGCGGCCGCCGCCCGCCUGGGACACUCCACGUACCUCGUCGGACAGGUGGGCAGCGACGCCAACGGCGCCAUGCUGUCGGCGGCGCUCUCCGCUACGGGCGUGCACGUGGACCACCUCGCUGUGCUGGGCGUGCCCCCCGGCGCCGCCAUGAGCGCCGGGCACCCGAGCGUGGUGGCGGCCACCAACGCCAAGGCGGACGCGGAGGCGGCGCUGGAGCAGGCGCACGCAGCGGCGCAGCGCGCCCAGCAGGCUGCCGCGACGGCCAGCAAGGAGGCCCAGGCCGCUGGUGCUGGUAACUUCCGCACAGGCGCUGCCGCUGCUGCUGCGGCGACAGCACAGGCAGAGGCAGAGGCCGCAGCUGCAGCACAGAGGGCGGCAGCAGCCGCUGCAAGGGCUGCCGCACAGGCAGCGGCGGCGGCAGACGGACAGAGUGCGGCUGCUGCCAGGCAGGCGGCAUCUGCUGCUGCAGCGGCGGGUAGCGUGGCAGGGGGGGGUGGCGAGGGGAGUGUGGCGACAGGGCAUGCGAUCGUGAUGCUGCAGGCGGACGGCAGCAACGCCAUCAUCAUAGUGGGCGGCGCCAACAUGGCAUGGAGCAAGCGGCGCAUGGAGGGCAGGGGCGCGGGGCGCAGGGAGUCGUACUUCAGCGAGGGGGCAAGGGAGGCGAUCCGGGGGGCGGGCAUGGUGCUGCUGCAGAGGGAGCUGCCGGACGAUGUCAACGCUGAGGCUGCAGAGGUGGCAGCUGCAGCGGGGGUGGCAGUGGUGCUGGACAUGGGUGGCAUGGAGGGCGCGCUGCCGGACGCCAUGGUGCGGCGUGUGGCGGUGCUGAGCCCCAACGAGACGGAGCUGUCGCGCCUCACAAACCUGCCCGUCACGUCCCUGCCCGAGGCCGAGAGGGCUGCGCACUCACUGCUCGCCAAGGGAGUUCCCAAGGUGCUGGUGAAGCUAGGCAGCAGUGGCUCCCUGCUGGUCUCCUCCUCCCCUCUCGCUCCUCCCUCCUCCUCCUCGCCGCUCUCUGCUUCUCUUUCCACGGCCACGGACGGGACGGGCCGCCAAGUGUGGCACCUGCGGCAGCCAGUGGUGCCAGCGCACGCAGUGGUGGACACAACAGGGGCCGGCGAUACCUUCACCGCCGCUUACGCCGUGGCACUGCUGUCGGGCUCAUCGGACGCUGAUGCGCUGCUCUUUGCUUCCUGUGCGGCGUCGCUGUGUGUGCAGAAGAAGGGAGCCAUGCCAAGCCUCCCAGACCGGUUCUCUGUGCAAUCAUUGGUACAACAAUCACAAAACUCUUGGUGAUUGGCACCCUUGAGUCAUGACUAGGUCAAGGCGUAAUAUGCUAGACUCUGAUGGUCUCGACAAUCGGGAUAUAGACUCGUCACUUAACAGUUCAGGUCGUGCUUUUGCCGCAUGCCCUUGUUCUAGUGCGUAAAUCAACUUCGUUUUCUUGAACAUUGGGAUUUAGUUUGUUUGACUGCUGA